AUGCCGCACUUCAGAAUCGAGACUAACGUACCAAGAAGUCAGAUUCCUGCUAAUUUUGUACAAAAAGCUGUGCCGGUGUUAGCCAAGGCACUUGGGAAACCAGAGCAGUACUGUGUAGUUUCCAUCAUUCCGGAUGUGCUAAUGAGUUUCGGUGGGUCUACGGAGCCCUGUGCUAUUGCCAACAUCAUGUCUAUUGGAGCACUCGGCGUGGAGCAGAACAAGAAACAUGCUAAAGUACUGUUUGAGCUGGUGGAACAGGAACUGGGAGUAAAGAGUGACAGGAUGUACAUAACAUUCCAGGACGAGCCCACCGGCAACGUCGGCUUCAAAGGCACCACUUUCCAUGCUAUCUUUGGAUAA